CGACACGACUUCGCUAGGUUCACACAUAUUGUGUCCUGCAAAAGGUCGGCUGUGGAUAUUACAUCAUAGCUGUUAAAUUGUCCUCCUACUAGUACUUUAUUCCCGAGUUUUGCGUGUCCAUGUACUACGUCAGAAACGUAUGCGCAGAGGACAGCUGCUAUUUCAUCGGUCAUUUCCCAACCCGGACCGAGACGCCUCCGAACACUCACAACUGCAACUAUCGCCUCUAGGGCAAUAAACUACAGAAGGUUCAGUUUAAGUCCAUCAUUCCACUGACAGCAUCCAACAAAAAAGAAACAUGGGCAAGGGAUUCCGUGGCACAGUGACUGAUUUUCCCAACUUCAAUGCUAGCAGUGAUGCUGAAACCCUCUACAAUGCCAUGAAAGGCUUUGGAAGUGACAAGGAAGCCAUUUUAGACCUGAUCACCUCUAGAAGUAAUGCUCAGCGGCAGGAGAUCCGCUCUGCCUACAAAUCACUUUAUGGCAAGGAUUUGAUUGAGGAUCUUAAGUAUGAGCUAACAGGCAAGUUUGAGCGUCUGAUUGUGAGCUUAAUGAGACUGCCGGCGUACCACGAUGCCAAAGAAAUCAAGGAUGCAAUCAAGGGGGCGGGAGGUGGAACUGACGAGAAAUGUCUGAUUGAAAUACUCGCCUCCAGAACCAACGAGCAAAUCCAUAGCCUAGUGGCAGCAUACAAAGAUGCAUACGGUAGAGAGAUUGAGGAAGACAUCAUAGGAGACACGUCAGGACACUUCAAGAAGAUGCUGGUUGUAUUGCUCCAGGGGACCAGAGACGAUGAUAAUGUGGUACACACAGAUCUGGUGGAGGAAGAUGCACAGUUGCUGUAUGCUGCAGGAGAGGAGCAGUGGGGUACAGAUGAGGCCAUCUUCAUCAUGGUGUUGGGAAACCGAAGUGUGACCCACCUGCAGCUGGUGUUUGAUGAAUACCAGAAGAUUGCAGAGAAGUCCAUUGAGGACAGUAUUAAGAGUGAGCUGUCAGGGGAUUUCGAGAGGUUGAUGCUGGCAGUUGUGCAGUGUAUCAGGAGUCGACCGAUGUUCUUCGCCAAACACCUGUACAAGUCCAUGAAGGGUUUGGGGACAGCUGAUAACACUCUGAUCAGGAUCAUGAUUUCCCGCUCUGAGAUCGACAUGUUGGACAUUAGAGAGUGCUUCAGGCUACGCUAUGAAAAAUCUCUGUACACUAUGAUUCAGGAUGACACAUCCGGGGAAUAUAAACGCACUCUACUGAAACUCUGUGGUGGAGAUGAUGAUAUUGCAGGAGAGUUUUUCCCUGAAGCUGCACAGAUUGCAUACAAGAUGUGGGAGAUCAGUGCCAUGACCAAAGUCCAGCUGAGGGGAACAAUUGUUCCCUACGCAGACUUUGACCCUGCCAGUGACGCUCAGGACCUGAGGAAAGCCAUGAAAGGCUUUGGGACGGACGAAGACACAAUCAUUAACAUCAUCGCCAGGAGGAGCAAUGCUCAGAGGCAGGACAUCAGACAGGCGUUUAAAUCGCUGCUGGGCAGGGACCUCAUGGCAGAUCUGAAGUCGGAGCUCUCUAAGAACCUGUGCCGCCUCAUCAUGGGCCUGAUGAUGACCCCAGCAGAAUUUGAUGCCAAAAUGAUGAAAAAAGCCAUGGAGGGGGCAGGAACAGAUGAGCAUGCUUUAAUUGAGAUUCUGGUGACCAGGAGCAAUGAGGAGAUUCAGGCCAUGUGCACUGCCUAUCUAAAAGCUUUUAAGAAGAGUCUGGAGGACGCCAUUCGUUCUGACACCUCAGGACAUUUUUGCCGAAUUCUGGUUUCCCUGGCACAGGGAGCGCGCAAAGAAGGACCUGCCGAUAUGACCAGAGUUGCAGAAGAUGCCCAAACUCUGGCCAAUGCAUGCAACGCAGAUUCUGAUGAGAUGAUCGAUAAUUUCAUGAGUGUUCUGUGUGCUCGGAGUUUCCCACACCUGAGAAGAGUGCUCCAGGAGUUUGUCAAGUGUACCAACAAGGACAUUGAACAGAUCAUCAAGAAGGAGCUGUCUGGAGAUGUUAAAAAUGUCUUCUAUGCUAUAGUAUGCAGCGUGAAGAACCAGCCCUCUUACUUUGCUGACCGUCUGUACAAAGCCAUGAAGGGCCUUGGGACCGACGACCGAGCCCUGAUCCGCAUUAUGGUGUCCCGCUCUGAGAUCGACCUCUUCAACAUCCGAAAAGAGUUCAAGGAGACACACGAUGCCUCUCUCCACGAGUUCAUCCAGGUAGAGACUCUUGUUGGAGACACAUCAGGUGACUACCGUAAGACCCUGCUAAUGCUCUGUGGUGGUGAGGACUAGAACUGUCACCUGGGCUACACACCGUGACACCUGAGCUCUCUGCCCGAGAGUCACAAGCUGCGAUCGCCCUGCACUGCUGCCACUGCCGCUACCACGCCCAAUGCCAAAGCUGAUGACCCACUACCUAUGACCUAUGAUCUUCUCACCACCUGGCCAUAGUCAGCCACAGACACUGUGUAUUAUAAAGGGUUUUUUUUGUUGUUUUGUUUUUUUUUUACUGUUUGGGUUGCUGUUAAUAUGCAAGGUAACAAAUGUGCUUGGCUUUGAAAACAUGUCCAUCACUGCUGUUGUCAGAGGUUCAGCUCAAACAUAACAGUUUGUGAUUAAAGUGAAACAGCCUCUAAAUAAAAAAGUCUGAUCAUGC